UUAGUGCAAGUGGAAAAACCCAACACAAAAUUGUGCAACAAAACUAAGGAUUACAAUCGGGAGAUAUUCUUGAAAAACUAAAGAUAUAUCUUUCAACAGAAAUCAAGAAAAAUUAAAGAUCUCUCCCCCUCGCAGCAGAAUGAAGCAUAGCAGCAAAAUGUUCUCCCGCCAGUGCCUUUCCCCCGCCAGACCCUCAGCAUCCUCAACAUCAACCUGCCCCACAGUCAAUGCCACCGCCAGAAGAUGCCCCUUGGCCCUAAUGAUUGCCAUCGGAUGCUGCUGCCUACUGCUCAAUACGCCGACCAUACAGGCUUUCGAAAUCGCCACAUGCAACAUGCCUCUGGGCAUGGAGUCGGGAGCCAUAACAGAUGCUCAAAUCACAGCAAGCUCGGCCCAUGACACGGGCUUUGUGGGUCCUCAACAUGCAAGACUGAAAACCGAUAAUAAUGGCGGUGCCUGGUGCCCCAAGCACAUGGUAUCGAAUGCGCUCAAGGAGUAUCUGCAGGUCGAUCUGCUGCAGACACACGUGAUAACCGCCGUACGCACCCAGGGGAGAUUCGGCAAGGGCCAGGGCCAGGAGUACACCGAGGCCUAUGUCCUCGAGUACUGGCGGCCGGGCUUUGACAAAUGGCAGCGCUGGAAGAACUCCCAGGGCAAGGAGAUUCUGCCCGGCAACAUCAACACCUACAGCGAGGUGGAGAACGCCCUGCAGCCCAUAAUAUUCGCCUCAAAGAUACGCAUCUAUCCGUACGGCCAGUACGAUCGGACCGUCUGUCUGCGUGCCGAGAUCGUCGGCUGUCCCUGGGAAGAGGGCAUCGUCUCGUACAGCAUUCCGAAGGGCGUGCAGCGCGGCAUGGAGGUGGAUCUCUCCGACAAGACAUACGAUGGCAAUGAGCAGGGCGAUCGGUAUGUGGACGGUCUCGGCCAGUUGGUGGACGGACAGAAGGGCAAGGAUAACUUCCGCACGGAUAUACACGGCUUUGGAAAGGGUUAUGAAUGGAUUGGCUGGCGGAAUGAUACGCCCGGUCUGAUGGGCAAACCGGUUGAAAUUGUCUUUGAAUUCGAUACGGUACGCAAUUUCAGUGCCAUCGUCCUGCAUACGAACAAUAUGUUCACCAAGGAUGUUCAGGUCUUUGUUCAUGCCAAAGUCUUCUUUAGCAUCGGCGGACGUUACUUCUCCGGCGAGCCCGUACAGUUCUCGUACAUGCCCGAUACCAUAAUGGAUCAUGCCAGGGAUGUGACCAUUAAGCUCCAUCAUCGUGUGGGCAAAUAUUUGAAAAUCAAUUUGUACUUUGCCGUCAAAUGGAUAAUGCUAUCGGAGAUCAGUUUUAUAUCCGUCCCCGCCAUGGGAAAUUUCACAGACGAGCAGGAGCAGCGCAACGGCAACUCGCCCAGCCAGGCGCAGGAUACACGCGAGUAUCCUUUGCAGAGCAACGACUAUCAGCACAAUCAUGGCAAAAAUAAAAUGAACGUCGCCGCAAAUGGCGGAGGUGCAGGAGGCGCCACUGGUGCCUCAUCCGGCGGCGGCGGCGGCGGCGGUGGCGGCGGCGACUCCAAGUACAGCAAUGGACCGCAGUUAAUUGCACCACGGCCCAUUGAUCAGGAGCCGAACGAUGCGAAUUUCAUUGGGGUUGUCAUUGUUGUCCUAACAACGAUAAUUAUCCUUUUGGUGGCCAUCAUCCUGUUCAUCGUGUCGCGCACUAAGCGGGCCCGCGGCAGCAACGUCCUGGAUGCAUUCCAAUACAGCUUCAAUCCGAAUACCCUCGGCGGCAAUGUGGACAAGCAUCGACAGAAUGGCAAUAGCAUUAAGGCCAGUGUCGAUGACAACGAUUCCAUCGGCAAGAACAGCCUCUACCACGAGCCCUUCAACGUCAACAUGUACACGAGCGGCGUGAACGGCUACGCAGCGGUUAAUGAUUUACAGUGCAACAUGACGCCAGACUAUACAGAUGUGCCGGAAGGUGGCUACGCGGUGCCCCACAUGCAGGACUAUAUGCCCUCCACGAAAAUGGCAAACUCCGGCGUGGGUGUGGGCGUGGGCGUGGGCAUGGGCGGGGGAUAUGUGAAUGUUAGGAGGACACCGCCGCCACCGCUGAGCAGCAUAUUCCCCAGGCCGCCGACUGUGCCGCCGCCGCCCAUGGAGAAGUAUUAUGCCACCACGGCCAUUUUCAAGCCCAUCAAGGGGGCCGGCUCGGGCCUGAGCAGCAGCGGUGGCACCAGCAACACGAACACCGUCAGCAGCGGCGGUGGCAAGAGCAGCCACAGCAGCCAGCAGGAGCACAACAAUGGCAUCUACGACGACGGCAUGGGCACCAUGAACUCCCAGUCGACGGCUCCGAUGAUCAAUCCGUACAGCAGUGGGAAUGGCUCGGCGGCCGCUGCUGCCGCCGCCGCCGCGGAGUUCCAGCGGGCCAGAACCUACAAUUUCCGCAGCUAUCCCGAUAAUCUCUAGUUCGAAGCCUCCCUCAAGUUGGCAGCCGUCGGUGGAGGGGCAGCCGGGGCUGGGGCUGGAGCUGGGGCUGGAGCAGGGCCUGGCAGCCGCUUAAAUGCCGCGGCACCCCCCGCCAGCACCAGCCCCACCAUGCCGAAGAAGCCGCAACAUUUGAGCCUCGCCAGCAGCACGGCCAACAGUGGCACCACCGCCAAUGCUGGCAGCAGUGGCAGUGGCAGCGGCAGCAACAAGCCCAAGUACAGUCUAACCCUGCACAACAGCAGUAGCAAUAAAUAUGCCACAGGCGGUGGCACAAAGAACAACCCACUGGCAACAACAACACUGCGCGACAAUCAUCAUCAGAGGCAACACCUCAAGGCUUUGCGGCUGACACGGGAUGCAGCACCUGGCGGCAGCUCCGACGCGGACUACAAGCGACCCACCAUGACGGGCCUGACGGGCCCGACGGGCGGUCUGUCCCCCGGUGAGGAUCUGGUGGGUGUCCAUCAGAACAGGACACUGGCCACCAUGAAGCCCCUGGCCUCGGCGGCUGUCAAUGGAGAAGCUUCAACAACUAAUCUAACAAAAUCGAUGGCGAAUGGAAUGGGAAAUGGAAGUGGAAGUGGAAAUGGAAAUGGAAUGGCGAACGGUGUUAUCAGAACACAAAACAACAGGCUGUGGUAUCAUUGAUGAAAACCCCAUAUUAAAUGGAUUUGAGCGCUGAAACUCUACACGAAAAUCCAAACACCAGCAAGAAAACGUUACAAAGUCAAGUACAGAAAGAUAGAGCCCGAAACCAGAAGCAAAAUGGAUAGAGGCUGAUGAGGAGGAGACAGCAAGCACAAAGCGUCGAUAACAAUUAAACCCACUGAGCAAACCGGAAACGAAACAGAUACGGAAACGAAACGAACGUGAAGGCCUACCUACGAAUCAUAGAGUAGCGUCAAGUCGAGGAGAGGAAAGGAGAGCAUGCCAACGAAAUAGGUAAAGGAAUGUAUGGUAAAACACCCUGUAAAUAUAAAUAGAAUACCCACAUUGCAUAGAGCUGAAUUUUAAACAACAAAAUGCGCAUCGUAGGACAGAAAAAACAGAACGAAAGAUGGAAAAAUCACUUGAAAGAUGAAUGAGAAUAUACAUGAAUAAUGAAUAUAUAAAAACGAAUUUAAGGUCUAGCAUUUAGCGACAUUCAUUAAUUUGUUUAUAAAACGAAAAGCAGACGAAAGAAUAUUGUAUUGUAAUGGAUUAAUAAUGAUUAAAUGACUCAAAAACAAAAACAAAAAAAACUAGCGUAUAAAUAAAAAAAAAGUUCAACUGAUUUUUAGUACCUUUUCGAAAGCAAAAAUACACAACACUGAAAGAAAACACUGCAACAAAAAAAA